AUUAGGUUAAAUAUAAGUGGAAGGGGGGCCGGAGAUUACAACGGCGGAGAACAUGUCGGAAUCGGACUGGGAUUCGGACGUGCCAGAUUAUGUGAAGGGGGAUGCCUAUUUCGAUAGAGAGCUCCACGAUGCCAUCCAGUACGACAGAAAAAAUGUGUUUGUGAAAAUGUUGAACCAGCUUACAAGUGAAGAAGUUAAGCGUCUGGAUCCUUUGCAUUCGGUGUUCUUUUUUGACUCUGUAAAUUGUCUGAAAGCAGUGCUGGAUGGAAAAACUGCCGGAUUAUUUGAAAUCACCGAUGUCAAUGCCGUUCCAUUCACACGCUAUGAUGAACAAUUAGUUCCUAUACUGCAUAAGGCAGCUCGAAGUGGAUCCCUUAAGAUUACAAAAUUUUUUCUGCCCCGACUUGAGGCUCAGGUCAACCUCAGAAUUGAUGUUGAGGGAAUGAAAGGGGUCCUCCCCCUGAAUUUAGUCCUUCGAACUUUCUGGUCAAAAUUUGAUUAUGGUGAUAUGCGUCUUCCACAUGAGCGGAAGGAUAUGAUAGGCCAGAGAUAUUGGAUAUCGCAACCUAGUCCAAAGGAGCUGGAGCCGCUCCUGUUCAAGUGGAUUUUUCAUCUUACUAAUCCAGUACAUAAAAGGAAUGCUGAACUUGUGAGAUUGCUGGCUUCGAAAACGCUUGAAAUUGAACAAGAAUUUCUCAAGUACCUGAACGAGCGAAAGCUUUUUGAAUUGAUGGCAUUAUUGAUGUUUGCUCGCGACCGCGUUAUGCCUGGUUUGGAAGGAUCCUCUAAAAUUCGAGACAUUGUUGUGAAAGAGAUUGCGACUCUUAAAAUGUUCAUUUUUAGGUCCACUUAUGACGUUGACAGUCACGCGUUGGUGUGUGAGGCCCAACAAAAGAAGAUGGAGAUGGAAGCCAUACUAUUGUUGCUAGAAAUAUUCGACAGAAUCGGUGAUAGAAUUGAUGCUUACUUAUUACAUUACGACUCUAAAGGAGAUUCGCAGCUUGAUAGUGUUAGAAAAGUUUCUUGGCUGUUGAAGGAAGCAGGGUUUGAUGCAGAGCUUGAACUCUUAGAUGAGACAUCAAGGUUCAAAAUGGAAUAUGAUCAUCUUCAUAUAAUAAUCUGGGGCCAAGAUUAUCAUAAGGAUAACAGAGUCGAGGAAUCCAACACUGAGAUGAAUAGACUCUCUAAUGGAGAACCUGAUGAGAAGGACAAUUCUUAUCAAAGGGCACCUGACAAGCCACUGACUGAUGAUGAGUCCAAGCAAGCCUCAAAGCGUUGGGUGGUGAACAAGCAAGAAAUGCUAUCUAAAUUGCCCUCGAGGGAUUCUCCCUUUUCACUUCGAUUGUAUCAUACGUAUCAUUUUAUGAGGGACCGCAGGGGUUUUAGUUCUACAAUGGCAAAUAAAGUUGGCGGGUCUGACAUUGCAUGCCAAUCCUUUCAACCGACGUAUCAUUUUGCUCUUGGUUCUACUACCACAUCAGAUAUUAUACAAGUUAGUAACAAUAUGGCGUCAAAGUUUGCAAUGAAGAAACAAGAUCAGGAUUGUAACAAGUGUGGUCGAAGAAGAACUAGAGUAUGUAGUUGGGCAUCAGAGUUGAAGUUCACUGGAGAAAGUAUUUUAUCUGCAAAUUCAAGUCGGCGGGUUCUUUGGAUUACUAAUAAGCUGGGCCGUGUACUUUGA